GAUCGAAAGAGAGAGAGAGCGAUAGAGCGAGAGAGGGAGGGAGCUUAAUCUGUUCCACUGCAUCUCACCGGUGACAGCAGACUGGGAUCAUCAGUAGCCUCCUACAGCUCAACAGAAGUGUACCUCGCGGGUGUUUUCUACCGUAGCAUUACCUUUAUCCUAGGCAUCUAACAGCACGGCGCAGGACUUUUGGAAUCCAGACUAAUAAAGCUUGAUGCCUCAUGCAGUGAACAGAAGUCCUCCAAGGCAUCAGAGGAUGGCAGUGGUGAUCUGAAGAGAGACAGAACGGAGAGAAAGAGUGUCGGUUUCCUCAACUCUGUUAGUGUGAUCUCAGCGCUUGGAGGAGACAGCAGUACAACCACCAGCAACAUGGAGGUGGAGGCCCACCCUGAGAGCUGCUACCCCAGCCAAGGGCUCAACGGCCAGGGCAACAAACACCAGCCCCAGCCCCUGGACAUUGAGGUAGCUCAUGAGAUAGCCUACCUAGAUGAGGUGUUGGAAGCUAACUGCUGUGACCCCGGGGUUGAUACCACGCCAACACCCUCUAACGGGACGGUGACCACUGAGAAACACCCCAGGGAGGUCAACAUCGACGGGACUGGACCAUCUGUCAACAUCUCCAACACAGACACAACAUGCCAUGAGGUCAUAGUAGAGGGGAGAAAGCAGACUAUCUUCAUUGGUCACAAGGAUGUCAAUUACACCAACAAUACCAAUAACACCAGGCCCAACGGCCACUCUGGGCCAAUGGGAGGAAAGCAGGAGAACUACAGGAAGCAGGGAGGAGAGACAAUAUCCCCCACUAUGACCACCAUCAAGAAGGAAGCUCGUUUCGAGCUGCGGGCCUUCCAGGAGGAGAAGAAGCCAUCCAAGUUGUUCGACCCGUGUGAGAAGGAAGUGCGCGUGAAGAAGGUGCGUCCCUCGGAGGAGAUGGUAGAGCUGGAGAGGGAGAGGUUGGAGCUGAUCAGGGGCCAGGCGGUAAAGAAGAACCCAGACAUGGGGACAAAGUGGUGGAACCCUCCUCAGGAGAAGAGUCUGGAGGAGGAGCUUGAGCCAGACAAACUAGAGUCACACAGGAAGUACGAGGAGAGGAAGCAGCAGAGGAGGUCAGAGUUCACUGGUGGGAUGUCCCAGAUGUAUGCCCAGUACUCCAUGACCUUUGACCCUAAUGCUGACCCUGAGGCUGGCCGCGACACGCCCGAGCUCUUCCAGAGCACCAAGGAGGACAUCCUGGUGGAGCAGAUGGACUUCUCAACCGCCAGGAAGCAGUUCCUCCAGAUGGAACACGCAAGGCAGCAGGCAGCCGAGAGGUCACAGGUCACAGCUCCCAACUCGGCCAAGCCCUUCUCCAGAUCACCAGACACCGUGAUCCACGUGGAGCGAUCCUCCGAUUACGUCACUGUGGGCUACAGCAGUUACCAGGACUCACCACUAGAGGACAGCGACACAACCACCACAACAGUCCGGACAGAGAGGAUCUACUGCAGCCCAGAAGGGUCCCAGUCCCCCACCUCUACCGUGGGGAGAGUCCUGGGUCUGGGGCUGGGACAGGGAGAGCCCAGUAAUAGUGGCCCCAGGGAGGCCUCGAUGGAGAACAGAUACAGAGACGGAGACUUUACCUGCGCCAGGGCCGUCAUGACCAUCAUAAAAGAUGAGAAGGAUCCUCUGUCCCUCCAGCAUCAUUCCUCCUCCCUCCACAGCCCCAGCGCCUCUCUGUCCUCCUGCAACCCCAAGGAAUGUGACUCCGGGCUGGACGAGCUUUCCCUGCGGUCCCUGGAUAACUCUAUGCUGGAUACCCUGUCAAAAGACUUCAGCACGAGUAGCGUAUCCGACAGCGGGGCGUCAAAUGAGACCAUGUCGGCCUCCUACCUGGGGGAGACUUCUCUGGGAGAGUACUCCUUCCCCUCCACCCCACAGUCCACUACACCCAUCAACGGAAAGCUGGAGGGAGGCACCACCAUGUCCCCUGGGGAGCAGAACGAGGGAAGUCAGGGUCUGUCGGAGCAAGAGCUGGAGUACCAUGCAGGUAUGCUGGUGCAGAGUAUCAUCCAGCACGCCCUGAUGAAUCAGAACCAGUCUCAGCAGGGUGAGGAGUGGCAGAGGGUCCCCCCCCUCCAGAUGAGGCACUCAGACGUUCUGCCUCCAUUUUCUGGGAACCUUUCAUCACUACCAACAGAAUAUCAGUCACUCACACAUCUAGACCUCCACUCUCCACCACCUCCCCAGCUCCACUCACCUCCAAGCCCACUGCAGCAGUCACCAACACCCUUACAGACCCUCCAGUCAGCUCCACCCCAGUACCAGUCAACUCCAUCACCUCAGCCGCUGUCACCUCCAGCCCAGUUCCAGUCAAGUCCAACCCAACAUCAGUCUCCUUCACCCCAGCCCCUCCCAACCCAGGUAGAGAGACCUACCUAUGUCCAGGUAGAGAGACCUACCUAUGUCCAGGUAGAGAGACCUACCUAUGUCCAGGUAGAGAGACCUACCUAUGUCCAGAUGGAGAGACCUACCUGCGCCCCCCUUCCACAGAGAUCUUCCUCCGGGGGUCCUAAGAUCUUCGUCCAGUCCGCACUCAGUCGCUCACUGGCCCUAAACCCAGACCCGGUCCCAGUCCGCACUCCUGUCGUCAUCCCUCUCCGUCCCAUAGAGCCCUAUCAGGCUCCAGAGCUGCCCCAGACCCUGGGUGAAAAGGACCAGUUCAGCUACUUCUCUAAGUACUCUGAGGCGGCCGAGCUCCGCAGCACAGCCGCAGCGACCAGAGCCCAGGAGACAGAGCAGAGCACCGGGCCGUUCAAGCUGCGCUCCCGGAAGCAGAGGACUCUGUCCAUGAUCGAGGAAGAGAUCCGAGCGGCGCAAGAGAGAGAGAAAGAGCUGAAGAAGCAAAGACUGGGAUCGGUGCGGUCAGGACCGGAUCCCAGAGCCAACCAGACUGGCAGACCCAAGACGAUGACUAUCAACCCCAGGGACAAGCACAAGACCAACAGCCUGCCCGCCAAACUCAGCCUCUCUGGGAGCCUGCCACCCACCAAACUCACCCUCACCAGCAAGUCGGCACCAGGUAAGAUAAAUCCUUCUGCAUCCCCCUCCUCGUCUGAGAAUCCUUCUGCAUCCCCCUCCUCGUCUGAGAAUUCCUCGCCCCUCUUGGACCUGGGCAGUGACGACUCUGGGGGCAGCGGGCGCCCCAAAAACUUCAUGCAGACCCUGAUGGACGACUACGAGACUCACAAAGUGAAGCGCCGGGAGAAAGUAGAGGACAACAGUGUGUUGGAGGCCACCCGCGUCACCCGCAGGAAAAGCAACAUGGCGCUGAGGUGGGAGGCGGGGCUUUACACUAACGAGGACGGAGAAGAAAAAGAGGAAGAGGAGUAGUAGUCUGUGACUAUCAGGGAUGGAAGGAGGAGGGACAUAGCAGCAACACAACUACAAGUAUUUAUUUUACUAAAGUAUUCUGAUCACACGACCUGUCACAUGAUCUACUGGAUGGACCAACCUGGAGCAUCAGCAAGCCCUGCCAACAGUGAAACGGAGAGACCCAU